AAUGACAACUACUCUUCCUUUUAUAUCGAAGAAUAAGAACUAGUAAUCAUUCAUUAUCAUAGUAGUGUGGAAAUGAAAGCAGUAACUUGGUAAAAGGACUCUCACGGACUAUUUGAUUAUGAAACAAAAUCUUUAAGCGUUAAAAAGCAUAGGGUCGAAGGAUCGUGCAAAGUCUGCAGAGAAGGUUUGACAUAUCAAAAUAUAAUUAGAAAAUGAAAUAGUUAUUUUAGAAGGCAAAAAUAAGGAUGAAGCACUCUAACCUCUAACAUCCAUAUAAGCCCAAGGAGGUAAUAUCAUUAAUAUUUUUUUAGACUAAUAUUUUAUACAACCAAAUCAAGGUUCAACAGAAAAUGAUAAUUAUUUGAUUGUUCGUAGUUUAAAAAAUGCAGAUGGUGUAUAAAAGGUAUUAAUUAUAUUUUAUAUGAUAGGGUUACACAUUACAAGAGGGUGACUUACUGAAAUUAGGUAGAGUGGAGUAUCAUGUUAUUGAGAUUCGAGAUGCAAAAGGAUAAAUAAGAUCAGUGAAGGAUGUUUUCUAAUCAGAAGCAAAAAUGGCACCACCAUUAGAAGGUGGUAUUGCUAAAUAAUGCAAAAUUUGUUUAAUUGAAGAAGAAACUCCUGAAGAUCCCUUUAUUACACCAUGUAAAUGUAAUGGAAGUUGUGCUUAUGUACAUUUCAAUUGUCUCAAACAUUGGCUUGAUAGUAGAGGAUAUAAAAAAGAGUCUGGUAACACAAUUUCUUACAGAUGGAAAAAGUAAUCUCAAUCAAUUCUAAAAUUGUAGAUUAGAAUGCGAGGUUUGUUAGGAAUUACUGCCUUAAUAAAUUAGAUUUAAAGGGAAAGUACUAGAUUUAGCAUCCCUUGAAAGACCAAAUUAACCGUAUAUUAUAUUAGAAAAUACACAAAUUUCAGAAAAGGAUAAGAAAGCAUAAAGAGGGAUAUAUUUAAUAAAAGGAACACCAGAUGAUUAAGUUAAAUUAGGUCGUGGUCAUUAAUGUGAAAUUCGUAUAUCAGAUAUUUCAGUUUCAAGAUUACAUGCAUUUAUUAAAUAUGAGAAAGGCAAUUUUGUUAUAGUUGACAAUAACAGUAAGUUUGGUACCUUAGUUCGAUUAUCAACACCAUAUCUUAUCUGUAUGGAUAAAAUUGCAAUUCAAGUAUAACAAAUAAAAUAAAUAUUUUAGGUUGGAAGAACAGUAUUAACAUUUGUUAUGAAAUCUUUUUCAAGUUUAAAUGCAAAUACUCAUGCUGGAAUUGCAGCUCUACAUAAUGGAGAAUAAGGUAGAAUGAUGUAAUAACCUGGUACUAAUAAGACAUCAAAUAUUAAUAACUAAAAAAAACAUGAUAAACACACUGGAUAAUGAA